CCCGGAUAAAUAACAGAGGCGGCCGGAGCCCGGGCAGAGAAGUGAUCGAGGAGCUUGAUCGUCCAGGGGUGGAGGGAAAACGUCGUCCUAAACACAAAAACCGCCUUGUUUAGGCGGCGUCUCCGGGUUUCCUUUUGGCUACCGAGCAUCGCCAGAGCUUCUGCUUUGGAGGCAGCCCAAGGCGCGCUCUCUUGCGCCUUUUUUUUUUAAAAAAAAAAUAUUUUAUUUUAUUUUUCCGGCGUCCUCCUCCUCUUUCGGUUGUGCCCGCCAUGCCUUUUCUCGGCCAGGACUGGCGAUCGCCGGGCCAGAACUGGGUGAAGACGGCGGAUGGCUGGACCAGGUUCCUGGACGGGAAGGAGCACGGCGGCGGCUGCGACAACGAGAGGAACAGUUACUGCUGGAAAGAGGAAUUCAACAAGGAGAACAUCUUCCAUAAUCUGAUCUGCGAUGUUGCUGCGAAAAAACGAAAGAAGGACCAGCUGAAUAAUAAUACCAGGAUUCAGUAUUUUCACCAAGAAAAAUGGAUUUAUGUACACAAGGGAAGCACUAAAGAACGCCAUGGCUAUUGCACCCUGGGAGAAGCUUUCAAUAGACUGGAUUUCUCUAAUGCUAUUCUGGACUCCAGAAGAUUCAACUAUGUUGUACGGUUGUUGGAGCUGAUUGCAAAGUCUCAGCUGACAUCACUGAGUGGAAUCGCCCAGAAAAACUUUAUGAAUAUCUUGGAGAAAGUUGUGCAAAAAGUUCUGGAGGAUCAACAGAAUAUCAGAUUGAUAAAAGAAUUGCUGCAGACUCUGUACAUGUCACUUUGCACCUUGGUCCAGAGUGUUGGCAAGUGUGUUCUGGUUGGCAACAUAAACAUGUGGGUCCACCGAAUGGAGAUGAUUCUUUAUUGGCAGCAGCAGCUGAACAAUAUCCAGAUCACCAAGCCUGAUUUCAAAGGGUUGACUUUCACAGACCUGCCCUUGUGUUUACAACUAGACAUCAUGCAACGGCUGUCAGAUGGGCGAGACAUCGUGAGUCUAGGGCAAGUGACUCCGAGUCUUCAGGUGCUCAGUGAGGACCGGCUCCUCUGGAAAAAACUUUGCCACUACCAUUUCACAGAUCGACAGAUACGUAAGCGGCUCAUAUUGUCAGAUAAGGGGCAUUUGGAUUGGAAGAAGAUGUACUUCAAGCUUGUGAGAUGUUAUCCACGGAAAGAGCAAUAUGGAGAUACUUUGCAGCUUUGCAGACACUGUCAUAUCCUUUCGUGGAAGGGCACCGAGCACCCCUGUACGGCUAACAAUCCAGAAAGCUGCUUGACAUCUCUUUCGCCCCAGGACUUCAUCAACUUGUUCAGAUUCUGAAUUCCCAAAUGAUUUCACUACCUAUCGCAUUAUUCGGAUGGGACACUUUACACUGCUGAGCAGAAGGGGUUCAGUUUGUAACAUAGCUUGUAAAUAAUAUGGCUUGAUGUUCCUGAGUCAAGAGGACAAGAGACUUUUAAGAGGCAGAAAGAGCCAUAAUCUCGUGGCCUUGAACUCUUGAGAGAAUAUAGCCUCCUCCUUUGACUGAUAUGUAAAAAGUCAAGAUUUUUGUAAAUAUUAAGCUUGGUGAGAAUUGGUGUGCAAGCUUUCGGGGAACAAUCAAUUUAGGAAAUUAAAAGAAGAGUCACCCUGCAAAUAUUUGGAAAUGUCUUCUGGAUUUCCAAAGCCAGAGGAAUGAAACACUACAGUUAGGUUAAAACUUGGAACUGUUCCCAACUGGGCUUUUUUUAUUUGUUUGCAGAAGAUAUUUAUAUCUAAAACUUUUUUAAAAGAGAUUUACAAGGAUAUAUCCCUUUAUUCUUAAAAAAAAUGAACUGACUUCAGAUAAAAUAUUUUCCCAGUUUCUACCUCUGAAAUAGCUUUCCAAAUAACCAGUGUGUGGUAUGAAGCAUCUGUACAUCGUCUAAAGAGAUUUUUUUUUUUGAAAAAAAGCUGUUGAUAGUAGCUUUCCAGGUGCUGCUUUUUGUUAACACUUAAAUUUUAAUUUAUCUGGCUGUCUUUUGAGGGUAUUUAAAUGUACUGAGUUCUGGGAAAUUUGCAAAUUUUCCUAGGUCAUUCUUGGAUACCACUGAAAGCUAUGUUGUAACUGCAGCUUAGACAACUGAGUAACUACUUGAGAAGAGCUUUUACUAAAAACAUGUUUUGGUUUUUCAACUUUGCAUGCAGUGCAGAUAUGUUUACUCAUUAUCUUAACAAAAAGCCCAGAAUCUUUGUGCAAUUUAAAUGUGGAAGAUCAUCACUCAACGAGUAUUGCAAUAUCUGAGCUGGAAAAUACAGAGCAGCCACUAGAUGUCAGCAAAGAUAACACCGUCUAAACAAACUCUUUGCUGACAUCUACUGGCCAUUGUACACUUUGCAAUGCAGGAAUGACAAUCCUAUUCUAGAUUGCAUAAUGGCCAUUCCCUAUGAUCUCAUGAACCCAGUUUGGCAGUUUCCAUAUCAUUUGAUACUGAAAUUGGUGAUGCCACAGGUUUAAUACCCAGAGCUUUCCCAGAAUAAAGGAUGAGUCAGCUAGGAUCCCUCUUCUAAUUUGCUAACGAAGAUGAAGCACCUGAUUUUAAGAAAAAUUAAUUACAGAUACAUGCACACUGCAUAUCCAAGUAAUGACAUUUCUAGCCUCAGAUUUCACUAUAGCUGAGAAAGAGUGUCUGAAUAAUUAAGAUAUUACUUUAGUUUUUCUCUUUGAGGCUUCCCCACUAUAUAAUGAGAAAAAAAUCCCAUAUGAGCAUGGUGUUCGCAUCAGGGUUUGAGGUGCUGAUGUCAGGAAAACAGGAAGUCAGAUUAGAAUUCAGGUAGUUCUAGACUUACAAUCAUUUGUUUGGCAACAAAGGUACAACAGCACUGGAAAAAAAAA